AUGCUCGGCAUCCAGCAAACUCUGUCCGCCGUACCGCACCAUACGACGAGCCACUCACCAGCGACAGCCGCCGCCGCAGUAGCCGCCAUCAGCGGUCCCAUCAGGACCCCUCCUAAAGGCAAACGACAAAUAUCCUUCGUGCAGAAGCAACCUUCCGACACGGUGUCGCCCACGCAGGAAGAACACGAGCCACUUGCGGCUGUCGAUACCAUCGCCAAUGAGACUUCGGCAUGGUUAGACGUGCCGCAAGAGCAAAGUGGCGAAAUCCAUGAGGGAGAGGUCACUCGGGAAGCUGGGCAAGAGGAGGCCCGCGAAGACGAGAGUAAACCUGCUCUGGAUGGUGUUUUUGAGGAUUCACAGCAAACCGGGAAGGAGGCAAACGAGCAGGACAGGGUCGAAGGAGAUGGAGGAGUGACAAAUGAGGCAAACAACGGAGAAAAUUACGCCCGGCGACCGAGCUCUCCGCUGAGUGAACUCAGCCCAGCUCCAGACGACGACGAUAGUCCGAAUCAAGAAGGUGGUGGUGAGGGUGAAGGAGCCACCCAGGAUGCCAGAGUAAAAGGGCAGCCACCGUCGGGUGCACAGGUUUCUGACCCUGCGAACCUGAUCGAUGCAAACGCCACCGACUUGAACAGUGGUUAUCCUAGGAUCACAGGGAGCGGGUUGAAGCACUCCAUGCCGGCUGCCCCAUUCAAUACCGAUCAAAACAGCAUUGACGGGCUUCCUCCCUCUUCACCUGUACCAGGAAGCUCGUCACAACUUCCACAUGCAACCUCGACGCCACACACCUCGUCUCCUUUGAAGCCAGCUGGAGAGAAUGCUCAAGCUGGGCCGAGCGGGCUAACAGCAUCGAGUCCUACGAAAAUUGGUACGACGCAGAAGUUCGCAAUACUGCUUGAGAUAAAUGCCCUGUUGUUUAAGACAUGCGAAGCCUUCUUCGCAGCCGGGUGUGUCCUACAGACACCAGAAGUGCACCCAUUCGCGAGUAAACUCUCAAGCAACCUAACGUGGUUGUCUGCACAUGUUGAUGGCGUGAAACUUGUCUCGGAGAUACCAGAAAUGGAUCCCCCAGUUUUAGCAUCCUCUGCAGCUCACAUAACCUUUCCUGAUGGCCUGUUGGAUCGUAUCAGUAAUCUGUACUCUCGGCUACCCAUUGUUUUCGCCAAAGACAUAGCGCGGAGGAAUCAAAGAAUUGCAUCGUCAUCAGGCUCUGGAACGCCAACGCCUAUAGGGCAUAGAAAUUCUGCAACACCUAGUUUACUCCCUCCAAGUGGCAUUGGCAUAAAGCGGGAGCGACCUGACAGUGCAGGUUAUUCUGGCUAUGGGAGCCCGACUGCUGCGAAACGCCGGGAUACUGGCGAUGCAAAGGCUGCAACUCCAAGCACUCCCGUGCAACCUGGAUCUGCUGGUGCAAUGGAUAUGCCUCCCCCAGUGACGCCCAUGUCAUCGCAGUCGCAUGGGCAGAUGGCACGGCCCGGUUCAAGCAUGAGUGGUGUAGGGCCACUAAGUGGCGGUAUCCAGGCUUCCAAUUCCGCAGACGGGAUGUUCCCUCCUAACGCAAGUCCGGGAGUAGGCAUGGGUGCCGGAAUACACGGCAUGGCUAGUAUGGGUGGAUUAAGCCCCGAAGCACAAGCUCGUGCACGGCAGCAGAUGCAGAUGCGCCAGAUGCAAGCCAUGAUGCAUGCACAAAGUCAACAACAGGCGCAUCAACAAUCACCGCCGGCGGGUCAGCAGCAUUCGACUAUGCGGCAGGGUGGCAUGCAGAGCGGGAAUCCUUCAAUGAGUCCGCCUCAACGUCAAUCUCAACCAACACCUUCACCGUCACAGCAACAACAAAUGAUGCAAGCUCAGGCAGUGGCACGUCAAAUGUCUCCUCCGGGUUCUGUGCCAGGCAUGAACAUGAACAGUAAUAUGGGCAUGGGCAUGAAUGGCACCGAUGGCAUGAGCCCAAAUCAGCAGGGCGGCAUGAACAGUAAUAUGUCGCAGCCGGGAAUGAACAUGAACAUGAACAUGAACGGCAUGGGUUCGAAUACUGGCUCGAAUAUGCCGUUGAACCCUCAGGUACUUGCAAGCAUGGGGCCGCAGGCGAUGAUGGCAUACCAGAUCUUACAAAACCCUCAGCACCAGAUGACCCAAUACCUCAAUCAACAGAUGCCUGGCUUUUCGCAAUUGCCAAUGAUGGACCAAAUUCGGCGAUUCUCGUUGCUCCAGCAACAGAGGCAAAUGCAGCAAGGGCAGCGUAAUCAGCAAAUGAUUAGUAACCAGAUGAUGGGCAAUCAAAUGCGUCCAACAAAUGCCAAUGCGUCUGGCUCUGGUACUCCGCAAAUGCAGCAACUUGGUCAGAGCAGUCCAAUGGGUAUGGCCCCGCAAAUGCAGUCAUCGAAUUCGGAAGGCGGGAUGCAGUUCCCUGGUACUCCGACGUCGGCGAACAUGAACAUGCCUAAUCGGACUGCCUCGAGUAUGGCUAUGUCGCAACAAAUGGGUAACAUGGGUGGCAUGGCGGGCAUGCCGAAUGUACCAAACAUGGCAAAUCUCAAUCCACAACAGCGACAACUGUACCUCAUGCAGAUGCAGAUGCGUGGUGCUGGCGCCGGAGGUAGUGGUGGUGUUGGUGGAGGGAUGAAUCCGUCAAUGAUGAAUCCGCAAAUGUUGGCUGCUGCUCAGGAGCGACAACGUCUUGAACAACAGCAACGGCUUGCUAUGGCACAACGGCAGGGCUCACCGUUAAACCCUACUGCAAACAGCGGGCGAGAUCAGUUUCCACCUGGGUUACGAUCAAAUCCAACGCCAAGCAUCGGAAUCUCUCGAACUGGCCGUUCGCCAUCCUUGAGUGGUAUGGGUGACAUGGUGGGUGGGGCAACGCCUCGAAUUGGUGGUCGAAUGCUACCUGGUAACGAGGAUUAUCAACGUCAGGUACUACUACAACAGGCCCAGCGUACCCAAAUGCAACAGCAGCAGCAGCAACAACAACAACAACAACAACAACAACAGCAGCAGCAGCAGCAGCAGCAGCAGCAAGGGUUCAUGCAAGGGCAAGGCCAGGGUCAUGGCGCAUGGGCAGGCCAGCAGACACCGCAACAACAGCUACCGUUAUCCGCGGGAGCCUGGCCGCAGCAAAAUCCUCAAGGUUUCGGAAUUGGUGGCUCACCUAGUGGUAUGCAGUCUAUGGAUCUUAUGGGCACUCCUCAGCAGACGAACUCAACACCAGUACAGAUGGGACAACAUAGUCCAACAGGACCCAGUUCUGACUUUGACAGCAUGAUGAAUUGGUAA